AAGGGUGCGGCAAGCUUCUGGGACCUGUUACGUGUCCCAGAAGCUGUCAAUCUCAGGUACCCGCUCACCCCUUCCUCUGCUCCCAAAAGGUCCACAGUGUUUGGUCAUCCCCUGUAUUAUGUCCGCAGUCUCUGGUCAUCUCCUGUACUAUGUCUGCAGUCUCUGGUCAUCUCCUGUAGUACAUCGACACUCUCUGGUCAUCUCUUGUACUGUGUCCGCAGUCUCUGGUCAUCUCCUGUAGCAUGUCCGCAGUCUCUGGUCAUCUCCUGUACUAUGUCCGCAGUCUCUGGUCAUCUCCUGUAGUAUGUCCGCAGUGUCUGGUCAUCUCCUGUAGUACAUCCACAGUCUCUGGUCAUCUCCUGUACUGUGCCCGCAGUCUCUGGUCAUCUCCUGUACUAUGUCCGCAGUCUCUGGUCAUCUCCUGUAGUACAUCCGCAGUCUCUGGUCAUCUCCUGUACUGUGUCCGCAGUC